AUGAGAAGCAGCCGCCCGCCCGCCUCCGCCAAUGAGCGGAGGGAGGAGGUGGUGCCAGCGGGGAACAGGAAGGUGGUCGAUUACUCCCAGUUUCAGGAAUCAGAUGAUGCUGAUGAAGAUUAUGGAAGAGAUUCAGGUCCCCCAUCGAAGAAAAUCCGCUCGUCUCCCCGGGAGGCUAAAAAUAAGAGGCGAUCUGGGAAGAAUUCUCAGGAGGACAGUGAGGAUUCAGAAGAAAAAGAUGUGAAGACUAAAAAAGAUGAUUCACACUCAGCAGAUGAAGAUUUUGGCAGUGAAGAUGAUGACUUAGGAGCAGAUGAUGGCAAAGCUGACAGUGAUUAUGAGAGCUCUCAAAAAAGCAAAAAAGGAAAAAAGGCUAAACCAGAAAAGAAUAAGAGAGCAGCUUCCAAAUCCAGGAAAAGGCCUGCAGAGGACAGCGAGGACGAGAAAGAAGACCACAAAAAUGUGCGUCAGCAACGACAGGCAGCAUCCAAAGCAGCUUCUAAACAACGAGAGAUGCUCAUGGAUGAUGUGGGUAGUGAGGAGGAAGAACAAGAGGACGAUGAGGCACAGUUCCAGGAGAAUUCAGGAAGCGAUGAAGACUUCCUCGUGGAAGAUGAUGAUGAUAGUGACUAUGGCAGUUCAAAAAAGAAAAAUAAAAAGGUCUCCAAGAAAUCCAAGCCAGAGAGGAAAGAAAAGAAAAUGCCGAAGCCCAGGCUAAAGGCUACAGUGACCCCCAGUCCAGUGAAAGGCAAAGGGAAGGCGGGCCGCCCCACAGCUUCCAAGGCAACAAAAGAAAAGACCCCAUCCCCCAAAGAAGAGGAUGAAGAGCCUGAAAGUCCCCCAGAAAAGAAAAAAUCAGCCAGCCCUCCACCAGAGAAGUCAGGGGAUGAGGGAUCUGAAGAUGAAGCACCCUCUGGUGAAGAUUAAAUGGCAGUUGAGGAAAAUUUUGUUUUAAAAAAAAAAAAAAAAGGAAAAAAAGAAAAAGGAAAAGAAAACAUACUUAGGGGUAGAACACGGUUUUGGCUGUGGCUUGACUCAUGGGCUUUGAAUGCUGUCUUUACUUUCAGCUGUUUAAUACAGUGUAUCCUUUUUUUAAUAAGAGGAAACCCUUAUACAGUAAUAUUUUGAAGUCAAUGUUCUCUGUUGGCCAUUCCGUUCUCCCUCCCCCACCAAAUCUGAAAGCCAUUUGAGACAAAUUAACAGACCAUUUAAAUAUAUAUUUUUUUCAAGGGAUACUGCAGUUGUGAAGCAAUAAGGUUUGAGACUGAUACGUGGAAACCAUACUUACAAAUCGUUAAGUAGAAUAGAUUUCCCAGUGCUGGUAAGAGUUCUUUAAAGCUAUUAUUCUGUAUUUGAAUAUGUGGAAAAGAUUAACCUAUGCUUUAACAGACUUUUGUUGAUACAAGUUCACUUUCAGAAAAAGAUGUAGUUGAUACGAAUUCCAAUUGAGGAAGAUGAAACACGGGGAGGAAACCUGUGUUUCUUGGAUUCAGGCACAUUUUUCAUGGAAAGCAAUCAAGAGACUUGUAGAUUGUCCACUGUCUUUUAUUUAGAAAAGACCCUCCAAUUAGGUUGCGAGAUCUUUUGUCUUUGCUGGAUAGAAUACUGGUCUGCUUUAGGCAAAUUGCAGUUUGUUCUACACAAAUUCAGAUACACGAGCUUCUCGCAUCCAUUAACUCUUAUUUUAUUUCUUCCAAGGUUGGCUGUAGCUGGGCAGAAUAGGGAAGAGAAAUUGAAAUCAAUUUUUUUAAAACUCUGGUUUCCAUUUGGUAUUGUGGAAAACGUCUUUAAAGUUUUUCCGAGGAGAGGGAAAAAAAAAAUAAAAAUUGAUGGUUAGCGUUAAACUAAAUUCUUCAGCUUUUGGGGCGAGGGAUGUCCUUUUAUCCAUGUGAAGCAAAGGAUUCCUGUAAUGCUCUGGUCAGUCUCGGAUCCCAUGAGUCACGCUUAAGUGUUUCUCUUCUCUCCCCCCAUCUGUCCUCAGAAAGGCUUACGUAGUCGUACCUCUCGGCCUCUCCAGCUGCAGGGCUGGACACCAGACUUCCAUGGAUACUCAAGAGCACCCCUGAAUCACUUCCAUUUCCUCCUCCUCCCAUCCUACGCUGGGAGAGGGCUUUGCUCCCACUGGGAAUGUGUCUGCUCCUGCCUGUGGCUCUGCUCCCUGAGCCUCUCCAGGGCUGGGUAGGGAACAGGGGGAAGGGGUGAAGCUGGGAGGAAGCGGAGUCAGGAAGGCAGCGUAAGCAGGGCUAUCGUUUUUGUAAUAAAAGCAAGAUGUCCCUCUAAAUGCAAGACACUUGAGAUGUGUGUGGUGGCAUUUUAAUGUGUUUUUAUCAAAGCAGCCAUAUCCUUUUUUUAAACUUUAACUCAACUACCCAAGCCUUGGUUUUCAAAGCCUAAUACAGCGGUUGCUGCCACGUUUGUUGGUGGAAAUAUUGAAAACUGGACCUGCCAUUUUUCUUUCUUUUUUUUUUUUUUCUCUUAAACCCUUUGUGCUUUCUGUACGUUGCUCACGGUUAUCUUACAGCUGACAAGCUUUGCAUCUUGGUUUUUUGUUUUUUGGUUUGUUUUUUUUUUUUUUUUUGUCACAGAACUACACGUUUUGUAACCAGCCUCUUGAAGGUAACAUAAGGCAGCUAAUUAGACGGAUUUCUGGUGCACAUGCUACCAGAUUUUUAAUCCUGUUUGGAUUUUAGAGAGCUUGUAGAUGUGAUACACUAAUAUGACCAGGAAGGACACUUGGCUGAAUGGCAUAGGGAGCCUGAAGAUGCUGAGCACAGUGUGGAGCCUAAAAUGUGGAAUGGAAUAUGAAUAUAACAGCCAAGUGCUUGUCUUGUGUGAUUCAUAGCCCUGGAUUUUAUUGAGGCUGGUAAAUUACUUUACCUUGGCUUAUAAAAAAAAUUAAGUUCUCUAACAUUCUUUACUAUAAUGAAACUACUGUUGCCGUUACAAUAAAGAUGAUCAGUGUUUCCAUUGUAAAUCCUUUUAUUUUUAAAGUGGUUGAAUUUUGCAGGACAGUUUAAGGCUGGUGUGAAGUAUCAGUCUUGGAAAAGAAGCGAAUGUAACCCCCUCUCCUCUCCCAUACCUCUUCUCACCUUCCAGGUCUCCGGGAGAGCAGAGUCUCUUGCAUUCCCUCCACUCCCAGUCGAGUGCUUCUUGGGAAAUGAAUGGCCAAGUUCUAAAAAGUAUUUGGAUUAAAUUUGGGGAUAACAUACACUUUUGUGAAUGUCUGGUCCACGUAGUUGUUCCCCUUCAGUGCAGACUGUGUUUCAAGCUGUUCUUGUCUAUGAGGUUCUUUGAGAUUUUUUUUUUUUUUGGUAUUAAAAUGUGCAAGGGUUACUUAAACAUAGAAUACCUCCAGCUGAUCUGGUCAAACAGCUGGUUCUUUACCUGCUAGACCAGACUUUUUUCUGAAGUGUGUAUUUUGUAAAUUCCAUUUAAAAUACAUUUUUGGGGUUUUUUUUCUAACACGGUUAACUAAAGGCUGUGAAAAAUACAUUUCCGUUGUUCUCAGUUCAGGUUUCGGACUGGAUUAAUUUAGGCCUGGCAAUUCUGGCCCUCGAUCUUACAAAACUGUUCUGCUUUUUCCUGUGUUCAUCUCUGCUGGCUGUUACAGGCUGCAUGAUGCUUAUCUUUUUGAGUUUGUCACAACCCAAACACUAUGUAAAUCCUGUACUACUUCUGGGAUUUUGUAACUUUUUCUAUACCUUACUGUUUUGCUGACUCUGCAAACACUAAGCCCUAACGGUCUGUUGGUUACUCUGUUAGAAAUGCAGCAGUUUACAUUUUUACAGAUAGAAGAAAAUUAUGAAGGUUAAUACAUAUUUUUUGGGUUUUUUUUACUACACAACAUUUUUCGGUAGCUGCAGACUUCACGUUUUUAAAUGUCCUUUUUGAUUAAUUUGUAUUAAGCAUUCUGAUUUCUCAGAAGGAAAGCUGCAAAAAUGCCUUUCUGUAGGAGCAUGAAUAGUGCUUCAUGGAGCAGAAAGUUUCAUUCACAGACGAAGGCUUUGAAAAGAUUGUCUUCUGUUACACAGCUGUAGUUUUGGAGACUUUGCAGAGAGGUAAAUGGAUUUAUUCCAAAGUUCAGUUAACUUUGUACCCUGCCCUGGUCUUAUUCUUAAAAUAGCAGUGAACUAACUUCCAUUAUAUAGCCUUUCGUUCGUUCUCUUCCUGAAUCCACACCACCACAUUCAGUUUUGUAGUUAAAUUUCAAUAAUUCUGCCUUUAACUGGCCACCGGGCUUGAUCAGCGAAAAUUGCAAUUUUAGUUGUAAUUCCAUACUAAAGAUUAUUUCCUUCGGUUUGUUUGAUCAGCAUGAGAAUGCCAAACGUGUCAAGCUAAGUGAGAUUUGGAAUGGAUUGUGGGUGAGAGCAAGAUUUAGAACCGGGGCAGCCGAGAAGCUUUUUUAGUUUUCUUGGUUAAACUUCAUCAAAGCAGCAGAGUGUGGGGAGAGGAGCAGCACACCCUGGGUGGCUUCUGGGGAACCUCCCUGAUGCAUCCUCAGCUCCUCUGCCACCACAGGGUGACAUCCCCAGGUGACAGGCUGCCAGGGCAGGGGCAGAAGAUGUGCUUGAAUUCCUUUUUUUCUUUUUUUUCUUCUUUUUUUUUUUUUUCUUUCCCCCUCCGCUGGUGACAGUCACAAAGGUACAAUAGACACUGAGGCACCCAGGUUUAAGGAGGGAGGGAAAUAAAACUGUAACAUGCUGGAAGCUUUUGAGCUGUAGAAACUGGUGCUUUGCUUUAUGUAAUUUGUUUGUGAAGUGUUUAUUUUUAUAACAAAUCAUAUUGUUGAACACAUGGUUCUUAAAAAAAAAAACAAACUACAAACUGAUCCAUGAGUUUAAUAUUUGAGAAGUGGAUGUUCAUCUGUUGGGGGAGGCAGGAUAUGAAAAUGUAAGCAGAUGGAUAUUUAAAGGGACACUGUCACAAAAUAGUUGCUGGCGUAUAGGAAAUGUUAGUUUGGGGGACUCACAUCUAUAUGUGGAAAUUAUAUAUUCUAUAUGUAUAUGAUCAAAUAGAAAAUUUUCCCUGAACUUUGACUAUUUUUUUUGGGAGGUUUAAAUACAAGUUGUGCUAAUGAAAAUAGGAAGCGAAACUUAACUAUUAUGUUCUUACUGUCAAGAUGACUUUUCUUUUUUUUAAGUACUCUGAGGAGCAUGAGCUCUGAGAGAUGACAGUGUCCUUCCGAGACCUCCCCAAACCGAGCCUACCCUCGUUUUAGACUUCCCACUUCUGUAGAUGACUGGCAUUUGAAUGUCUUUUCAUUGAACUCUUUCUAUUAAAACACAAAUGUUUCUAAGUCUAGUCAAGUCCUCACCAUGUGCUGACUCUUGUGUCUCAACCACUAUUGGAAGCGACUCUCUAGACUGCCUGCCCCCUCCGGCCGCCGUGAAUCGAGUGGGUCCAUCGGCCUCGGCACGCUCAGUGUGACUGCAAACACCAUUGUGCAUAUGCUUUGUAUAUUGGGGCAAGGGUUUUUUAUAUAUAUAUUUUGGGAGGGGUAGUGGGUGGGAUGGAGAAAUACUCAAUCAGCUUAAGCCAGAAUAAUGUGUGUAAAAGCCCCUGAAGUAUUUUGUGUGUGAGUGCGCGGGUGUGAGUGCGCGCAUGGGAGUGUCUGACAUCUUAUUCCCUUUUGUGUUCUGAAGAUUUGUGAGUUUUACUAUUAUUUUUUUUUUUUUCCUGCAGAAGCAAUUGUUACAAAAAAUAAUUGUAAAUAAGAGCUACAUAAUUUUUGUUUAACCAUGAACAUCAUGUCACAGCAAACCCUGAAUAAUCACUCUUGAAGGUAGAGGAGGAGACUCCAGGUCGGGCCUUGGGCCCUUGGCUAUCAGCAAGGCAUCACUCUAUGGUAUGCAGUGAAUAUUUGUCUUGAGUAUUUGCAAUCCCCUGUUGAGCUUUUUCUAAAAAUCGGGCUCUUUGCAGUUCCCCUCCCCAUCCCUUUUAAUUUUUAUUUUUUUUUUCCUUUUUAAAUCUCAAGAGCAGACAGAAAAAGGGGCAGCUGCAGAUGUUCCAGCACCCCUGGGUCCCACCACUGGGCCCCGUGGGGUUGGUGACUCUUGCAAUACCUUGACAAUACUGAGAUCUACCGCAUGGUACUAGGAGUUCAGUCUGAAUGUAACAUUAAUGCUUUAUUUAAAAUAAAAACGACACUUAUAAUUUUUUUUUUUUCUUUUCAAAGGGUUGAAGUGAACAUGACUGUUGACCAUGUUCGUGAAUUUAUAGAUACAACAUUCAUUGGUAGAAUUGUGUGAUGGUCUUUUGUGCUACUUAAUUUUACAUAUUCCAGUCUCUGUAUGUACCUGCAAAGAAAGAAGAAAAAAAAAUAAAUAACAAAACCCUGCUUUGCUUUUAUUGAAGGGUUCCCAGGACUGCAUACCUGCUCCUGAGCUCUGUUUUAAGUAUGUGUAUCCUUCGCUUGUAUUUUGUAUUAAAAAAAAACCACAAGGAAAAAGAACCCUUUAUUGUUCAGCAUGUUGGAAUUGUGUCCCCUCUUUUAUUUUUUCUCCUUUUUGGAAUAUAUUAAGCAACUCAUUCUUCUGUAUCUUUUAUUUUCUUUUGUAAACUUUUUGGUUUUGUUUAAAAAUGGCUUUAUAAAAGGGCUUUUAUAACCCAUGAA